UUGAUUGUUGUUGGAUGGCCGUACAGACAUGGCGAUGCAUGCUAAAGCGACUCCACCACAGAUUCCGGACACCCGCCGGGAGCUAUCAGAGCUCGUCAAGAGGAAACAGGAGCUUGCGGAGACCUUGGUGAACCUGGAGAGACAGAUCUAUGCUUUUGAAGGCAGCUACUUAGAGGACACACAGAUGUAUGGCAACAUCAUCAGAGGAUGGGACCGCUAUCUGACCAACCAGAAGAACUCCAACAGCAAGACAGACAGAAGGAACAGAAAGUUCAAGGAGGCAGAACGACUGUUCAGUAAAUCCUCUGUAACAUCAGUGGCGGCUGUUUGUGCGCUCGGCGGCGUUCCAGAUCAUAUGAAUGAGAAACGCGAGGCGGGCAGCGGCACGGAGAGCGACGCGUCUCCGGAUCUGCAGAACCAGGAGAACGAGCCGGGUCAGGAGGAGGCCGAGGACGUGGACGGAGCGCUGCAGGACAUGAAACCUCAGAAAGCGGCUUCCUCCUCUGCCUCUGCCAACGCCGGCCACCACAACAGUCACAAGAAAAGAAAAAAUAAGAACAGACACAGCCCCUCUGCCAUGUUUGAUUAUGACUUUGAAUUUGACAUGAAGAUGAACAAGAAGCCGCGAGCGGACUAUUCGGCUUGAUGGUGAAUGCAGCAGACCGUGUUGUUUCAGCAUCCCACACACACACUCACACACAUGAUCCAGGUACAGGCCUGCAACCACGUCCCACAUCCUGUGGAAGCUUGAUGAGCUUAUUUUUACCUCGUCUGUGCAUCUAUUUGGCUCGACAUACUCUCUGUGUUUCUGGCUGCAUAUGUUUGAAGUAUUCUUCGUACUUUUGGAACGAACCCAUUGUUUUUUUUGUUUUUAUUUUUUUGUUUUUAUUUUUUUACCCAAAUGCUGAGGUGUUUUCAUUGUGUCUGUUUCUGUGUAUUUAUCGACUCCACACCGAUUCUUCAUCCGGACCAUCAGAGGUUUCUGUAGUUUUCAGAGACUCCUGUAGUGAUUGUGAACAGUAAAAUGUCAUUUUCAUUUAUUGUUUUGUUUUGUUUUGUAAAAAUAAAACACAAAAACAAACAACAAAA